AUGGCCACUCUCCCGCCCGGCUGGGAGUGGGACUACGACGGCAAUCGAUGGCUCUACCGCUAUACGCCCACCGGCCAUGUGCAGUACCAUUUCCCCAAUGCGGGCGACGAGUUUCCCGACUUCAUCGACGCUGCGUCUCCGGCGCCAGACCUCGCUCCCGAAGAGAAGCUCGAGUCGCAGCAGCAGGUCAAGCGGCAUACGAGCGUCAACGGCGGCCCCAGCCGGACGGCUCGAACUGCGGCAGAGGAAGAAGAAGAUGGAUGGAAAUCGCGCAUGUCGGCGACGGCGCAGCCCGUAAGCGCCGUCUGGGAGGACGAUUUCGGCGCCGAGGACGACAACGAGACGGAGGGGGAGGCGGUGUUCCAGCCGGAGAACUUCAUGUAUCUGGGCCCGGGGACUUAUGUGGAUGUAAGUCCAUUGGUUGAAGAAGAGGAGGAGGCGGCGAGGAGGGCGGUGGUGGGAGCCGAGCUCAGGGGUGGACCGCCAACAGACAACAACAGGGGCGUCAGUCCGAUGGUGAGCCAGAAUACGACGCCAAUGGUACGGACAAGCGAGACAGUGGCUCGGACGGAGAAUGAGGCCCAGAGCCGUGCAUCUACGACUGCCAUGAACGACAGGGCCGUUGAGCCGCCGCCGCCGCCGCCCACAAUAGCAUAUGAGGAACCCGCGAUGGUGACUCCCAUUGGGGGUUUUAUCACGGGAGACGAUAUCGUGGGAGAGGCCAGCGCAGUACCCGACGAGGAAGCCUUAAACUACGAGAUGUACGAGCUUCCGGUAGAAACGGCCGUACCUAUGCACCUGCAGUUUGAUCCCGUGGGCGUGGUGGCUGAGAUGCCGACGGAACACACGGCUUCGGCCCGCGUGGAAACGCACCCGGAUCCCGUUGAAUUGGCGGGCAACUAUGUUAUGGCGCCAGUUGAGAUAGAGCCGCGGCCUGGAUUUGUGGAACUGCCGGCCGAGAUUGAUCCCAGUGAGGAAGGUAUCGCACGGGAGGAGAGGCUGACGGAUCAGCAGCGUCUGGAGCUGAGACGGCAGGAAGUUAGACAACAUCAGGAAGAGCGGCAACGUUAUGUACAGCAGAGAAAAGAAGAGCGGAAGAAGCUAGAGGCAGAGGAAUUGCUUUUGGAGAUUGAGGCAGAUGAGUUGCAAAAAGAAUUGGACAUGUUACAACAACAGCAGCAACAAUUACAACAGCAGAACGAAGGGCACAGCCCAUCCCAAGAGCAAAACAAUGGCGCCACAGGGCCGUUCAGGAUUGCCAGGAAGCCGACUCUGCGGGAGUCCAGCACCAUUUACAAUGCCUAUGCUGGCAGAAGGACAGGAGGACUACCAAGCUUAUGCGCCAGGCCAAGCUCCGCAGACGAGCGCGCAGCCAUUGCCGGCGCGGAUAAUGAGCCCAGCGUUGCAGCGAGAGGCAUCUCUGAAUAUGAGCAUGAGGCCGGCCGCUGCGUCCAAAGCACCGGUAGAUUCUAG